CCCGCCCACAGUCAGCUGUUAUUCCGCCGCUAGUGAAGCAGCUCGGUCCUCGGCGUGGUUCCCACCACCUCUCCCUCUCCCACGGUCCCGUGGCUCCCCACGAUGGGAGAAAACGACGACAGCAACAUCAUCGAGCACCACGUCGAGGAGGAGAUGGAGAAGAGCCGCAGCGCGUCCCCGCGGUGCGCGUCCCCGCGCAGCAGCACCCAGUCCUCACACAGACUGCUGGCCUACAGCGAUGCCCUCAUCUCCAUCAUCGCCACAGUCAUGAUCUUACCUGUCGCUCACACCAAAGUGGAAGACAGCGAGGAGCUGAGGCAGAGCGUGCAGCUGCUGCUGACCACUAAGAUCGCCGUUUACUUGAUGACCUUCGUCAUUGUCACGGUCGCGUGGGCCGCUCACAUCAGGUUAUUUCAGGUGAUCGUGCGCAUCGACGACUGCCUGGCGCUGCUGAACCUCGCCUGCAUGAUGCUGAUAACCUUCCUGCCCUACACCUUUUCUCUGAUGGCCACCUUCCCCGAGAACAUCCUCGGCAUUUUACUGUUUUGUGGUUGUGUGAUGGUGAUGGGGAUCAUUCAGUCGGUGAUCGUGAUGUACGCCUUCAGCCGGCCCUUCCUGCUGAGCGAGCAGAUCCAGAUCUCAGAGAACCGGACCUACUACAAACGGCACAUCCUCAAAGUCAUCAUGAGGGUCCCCGUCAUGUGCUUCUUCGCCAGCAUCUUCUCCUUCAUCUUCUUCCAGCUGUCUUACGUCCUCCUGGCGGUCGUCAUUUUCCUGCCCUACAUGUCCCAGUGCCUGAAGUGGUGUCGCAGCAAAGCGAUAGGUCAGGUGGAGGAGACGCCGGACUCCAUGAUGUUCUACAGCUACCUGCCCAACGAGCCGCUCAGCAAGGAGCGAGUGGAGGCUUUCAGUGACGGGGUUUACGCCAUCGUGGCGACGCUGCUCAUCCUGGACAUAUGCGAGGACAACGUCCCCGACCCGGCGGUCGUGGAGAAGCAGUUUGGCGGGAGCCUGAUUGCGGCGCUGCAGGAGUACGGCCCCGAGUACCUCGCCUACUUCGGUUCCUUCGCCACCGUCGGACUCCUCUGGUUCGUCCAUCACUCCCUGUUCCUCCAGGUCACCAAGGCAACGCGCUUCAUGGGCCUGAUGAACACCUUUUCGCUGGCAUUCGUGGGAGGUUUACCUUUAGCCUACCAGCUAACUCACGAGUUCCCGCGUAACUCCCGGAACGAGUUGGAGGCCAUUCAGAUUAGCUGCGUGAUCAUCUUCUUCGCCGGCAUAUUUCAGCUCGCCAUUUGGGUGGUGGCUCUUUACAGCGAAAGGGAAACCCUGCACCCGUACGUGUGGUACGGCGGCCGAGAGCACGUGCUGAUGCUCGCCAAGCUCUCUCUGUACCCCUGCGUGGCGUUGGGGACGUUCUUCCUCACGUGUAUCCUGACCAAGUUCAGCGCCUCCAUCUUCCACCUGAUGGAGAUCACGGUGCCCGUCGCCUUCCUAGUGCUGAGGCUGCUGGUGCGCGUCGGGCUCGCGCUGCUCCGGCUCAUUUUCUGUCCCGACCGGCGCGAUCUGAGAACGAUGGUGGAGGAGGAAGGGGAUGAAACGAGCGUGUCAUUCAACGCCGUGGUCACCUAGAUGUGAUGGUUCCACAGUCACGUGAGAGACGAGACGACGCGGUGGGGCGUCACUGCCGGAAAGGUUGCUCCCCGAACGAGUUCAUGCCAAGAUCUGACCUGGUUGGGUUUAAAACGGCGCCGGAAGUGCUUUGCUCUCAAUGAAACUCAUUUUACAUCACGAGAUGGGAUUAAAUGCAGUCCGCCGCACUGAAGGUGGGAGAUGGAUCCCGUAGAAGCUGAGGAAUCUCAGCGGAGCAGCGAUUCAGGUAGCCAUUAUCCGUUUAUGUCCUUCCUAGUUUCAGUGAGUCCAAUAUAAGAAGUCUGGACGCGAUUUCUUACUGAAACAUGUUUUCACUGUUGUUUUGGUCAUAAAUGCACCGGAGAGGAUGUAAAAGCAAGAAGGUCCGAGUUUAAUCAUGAAGGUUGAGCACUUUAAACCCAGCAGCGAACACGUGACGCUAUUUAAUUCUUAGUUUCACUGUUUUUCCUCCAAUUUGCGUCCAAUACACACAGGAAUGUCCUUUCACCUCUUUAAAUGUCGUCUCAAGUCAAAAAAACUUUUAAAUCUGCAGAAGUAAAAAUAGAUCACAACCACAAACCCAAUAACAAUUCUCAAUUCUCAAAAUAAAUGUUCAUUUUGAGUUUUAUACCAACACCACCAUUCAAAAGAUUUGGGACGUGGGCGCGUUUACCUGCGUGUUGCAUCAUCUCUUUUCCUAACACAGUAGUCGGGUUGUUUUCCGGCUCCGUAAAUGUGAGGGUUCAGGUAAACGUGAGGGUACAGGUGUGCGGUUCGUAGCAAAGCCAUUUACCGUAUUUUCUGGACUAUAAGCCGCUACUUUUUUCAUAGGUUUUGAACCAUGCGGCUUAUACAAAGGUGCGGCUAUUCUGGGGAUUUUUCUUCCACCGCUCGGGGCGCUCUAACCGGAAUUAGAAUCAAAAGUAAGACAAAAUAAAUGCAAAGAAGAAUACGCUACUUCUUCUUUAGCAGAUAGAAGUAGGUAGAAGCAGAUUUCAAACAGAUGAAUAGAUAAAUACUGGUUAUUUUCUCUUGGUUCUGUCCAGUUUUAAUCAGCAAAGUUGCUGCCGUGUUAAAAGACACUGUUAGGAAAGGAUCUAUUUAGGUACAUACAUGUAUAUCAUUUACAGUUCAAAAUCCUUCUGUACAUCUAGUAAAUAUCUAAUUUAACAACAUAAAUAUCUGCGGCUUGCAUAUCUUUUUUUUUUAAAUAGAGCGGAUGCGGCUUAUAUACAGGUGCGGCUUAUAGUCCAGAAUAUAUGGUACUUUCUUGCGCUACGCUGCCUCCUUGUGGUCAAAUGUGGUAUUGCUACAUAGAGUGGCUUUAAAUAUGGGAUUAAAUCGAGAUUUGUUUUUUAUAAAUAAAAUACGUUUUUGUUUUAUAAGUUGUCUUUGAACUAUUUAAUUAAUCACUUAAGGUUUAAAUGAUAACAUGUUUUGCACAAAGCAACGACUGUUAAAUGUUUUUGAUUUUUCAAUGUUUUUCACGUCUGUUUCAGAUAAAUUGUGAUUUUCAGAUUUGAAUGAUGUUACUUGAAAAUAGUGUUUUAUGCCAGAAUCCUGGAGGCAGUGAUGGACCAGUUUUUAUGUUUUACAACCUUAGAAUAUACUCACGUCACGUGUAAGAAGCACUUUACUUGAAACCUGCCGGAUGGAGAAAAGGUUCCCGAUGAGAAAAGCUGUGAUUAAUAGUUUAGUUUUUUUAAGAUGAGCAACAGAAUGACGCAGCUGGAACUGAAUGUAGAUAUUUUGGACUCUGUUUUCUGUUGAAUUCACUGCUUUUGUUCAUUAUUCUUGUCUGUUUUGUUGUGGUUUUAUUCUUUUGUCCAUAUCUGUAAAGAGUAAUUAUGUUAGGACAUUUCUUUGAUUUUAACAGAGAAACGAGUCCCCCAGGUAUCCGUCCGACAGAAAACUCCUCAUUUGACCCCAUAAAAGCAGACGUUUAGCAUCUCCAACAAUGUGAUUUUCUUGUUUUUCCUCCAGCGAGGCGGGAAAUAUUUAGCUCGAUUGCAAACGCAGCAUCUGCUUGUUCACAUUGUGUAGAAAGUAAUUUUUAAAUGUCAGAACUGUCAAGCUUUGUUUUGUGAAUAAACCUGAACUGAAGUCCUUAA